AUGGUGCUCGUUUAUGUGGAUGAUCUGAUUGUCUCUGCAAGUAACCAGACACUUCUUGCUUCAUUUAAAACUUAUAUGAACAAAUGCUUUCAUAUGAAGGAUUUAGGUAUUUCCAAAUACUUUCUUGGACUUGAACUCGCAAGGAGUCGUACUGGUAUUUAUCUCUGCCAAAGGAAGUAUACUCUUGGGAUCUUAGAAGAAACAGGUCUUCUUGCAUCUAAACCUGCUACGUUUCCAGUUGAGCAGAAUCAUCGUCUAGCCUUGGACAAAGGUCCAGAUUUUAAAAAUGUUGCCGCUUAUAGAAGACUCAUUGGAAGGCUCAUCUAUCUGGCUGUGACUCGUCCUGAUCUCUCUUACUCUGUUCACAUACUGUCUCAGUUUAUGCAAAAACCAAAACAUGCUCAUUGGGACGCAGCGCUCCGAGUUGUUCGUUAUCUUAAGGGAAAUCCAGGGCAAGGUAUUUUGUUGCGAGCUCACACCGACUUACAUCUUACGGCUUGGUGCGACUCGGACUGGAAUGGAUGUCCUGUUACUCGUCGCUCUCUUACUGGUUGGUACAUUACUCUUGGUGGCUCUUCGAUCUCUUGGAAGACACAAAAGCAACCAAACAUCUCUCGUUCGAGCUGUGAAGUUGAAUAUCGUGCGAUGUAUUUCACGGUUCAGGAAAUUAUGGGAAUCAACAACUUAUUGCGCGCAUUUGGUAUCCCACUUAAUAAACCUACUCCUCUCCAUUGUGAUAGUAAGUCUGCUAUCUACCUUGCUGCUAACCCGGUCUUUCACGAACGUAUGAAACACGUGGAGAAUGAUUGCUAUUUUAUACGUUACGAGAUUGUCAAAGGCACCAUUGCAACGAAGCAUGUUUCGACUCAUACGCAACUAGCAGAUAUUUUUACCAAGGCCCUUGGACAAAAGGAGUUUCACGAGUUUCUAUCCAAGUUGGGAGUUCUUGAUCUUCACUCUCCAACUUGA